AAGAAUUGGUUUUUAACCGGAAAAUAUCAAAAAAAUGUGAAAUUAUGAAUUAAAAAUCUUAAAUUAAGAGCUUGGAUUAAUCAUGCUCUAAUGGACCUAAAUGUAUAUUUAACAACGUGUUUCUUACUUCGUAAGAAUUUGCUCCAUAAAAUUAGAAGAACAGCACUCAUUGACUUUGACAUUGACAUGUGGGUAGAAUAUGAAGAAACUUUGAAUAGUUAAUAGAAUUAUUCUAUGGAACAUCACGAACAAUUUUUCUGCAAAUUUUAUGGUCUUCAAACGACUUAGCUAAUUAUUCAUCACCAGAGACAAAUUUAAAAUUGACUUUGUGAUACCGUGUAAUACUGAUGUCAAAUGAUUACGACCACAUUCAAAUUUCUUUUCCAAUACGUUCUAUGUAUUAGUCCAUUGACCCAUAUUGCACAUAUGAAGAUAUAUUAUAAGCUAGAAACACCAUUUGUUAUAAUAUCAAUGCGAAGGGGUUUUUGCAGCUAUACAAAACAAUAUGAAGAUUCUGAUUUCUCUUUUAAUGUUUACUCUCCUCUUUUCGACUACUAAAUCAAGAGUAACUGAUUCAAACGAUGGUGUUUUUGAAGAGGUUAAGGUUGGUUUGGUGGUUGACUUGGGUUCCGUAGAAGGCAAGAUUCUCAAAACCUCUUUUACCUUAGCGCUUUCAGAUUUCUAUGGUGUAAACAGUGUCUAUCGAACAAGAGUCUCUAUUUUAGUAAGAGACACCCGUGGAGACCCUCUCCUUGCUCUUGCUGCCGCUAGAUAUCUUGUCAAGAAAGCAAGAGUGGAAGUCAUUGUUGGUGGACAAUCAUCACAAGAAGCAAAGCUGUUAGCGGCGCUUAGCGAUAAAACUAAACUUGUAGUGAUAUCUCCUUUCUUGCCGUAUACGUUAUGUUUGAACAAGUACAGUCACUUGAUCCAAUGGACGCAUGAUACGGCAUCAGAGGCAAAAGGAAUUGCGAGUCUCGUGCACGAUAUCGCUUGCAUUCUAGCAAAUGUAGUAGAGAGGAGAAGUCUAAGAGCUAAAGCAGCAACACGUAGUGGUGCUGCUGAUGAAGCCUCUUGGAAUAUGUCGGAUCUUGUAAGGCUAAUCAAACAUAGUAGAAGAUUCAAUGGUGACAGCCAAAUCAACAAAGAGACAUUUGAAAUCGCCAAUAUUGUAGGGAGAAAAGAGAGAAGGAUAGGAUUAUGGAGGCCUGGUGGAUCUAACAAAGUCUCCCCAAGGCACCGUUUCUUGGCAGAGAGUGGUGAAAAGAAGAAGUUGCUCAGGGUGUUAGUUCCCUCAGUAAAUAGGGUCCCAAAUCUAGUGAGGGUGAGUCCUGAUCCUGAAACUGGUGUUGUUACUGUCACUGGAUUAUGCAUGGAGAUUUUCAAGACUUGCAUGGAUCCUCUUAAGUACGAGCUGGAGUUCAUACCUUAUAAUGGAAGCUAUGACAAUCUCGCUUAUCUACUCUCUACUCAGAGAGACAAAUAUGAUGCAGCUGCUGGUGAUUUAACAAUCACUUCCAACAGGUCUUCAUAUGUUGAAUUUACAUUGCCUUUCACAGACAUUGGUAUAGGUGCCCUGACACUGAAGAAGAAGAAACAUGGCAUGUGGGCCUUCUUUGACCCUUUUGAGAAACUCUUGUGGCUAGCAAGUGGAGCUUUCUUCAUCUUGACUGGGAUCGUUGUCUGGUUGGUUGAACGGCCCGUUAAUCCGGAGUUCCAGGGAUCUUGGAAACAACAACUUGGUACAAUGCUAUGGUUUGGAUUCUCUACCAUUGUAUUUGCUCACAGAGAGAAGCUGCAAAAAAUGUCAUCAAGAUUCUUAGUGAUAGUUUGGAUGUUUGUUGUGUUGAUAUUAACUGCAAGUUACAGCGCCAACUUGACAUCAACCAAGACCAUUUCUCGCAUACAAUUAGAUAAUCCCCUGAGUUUUGGUCCUUCCAUGAUGAAGAUUAGCAACUCCGUCAAUGCGAUUGAGGUCUACGCUCAGGUUUUGCGAGAUGGAACUCUCAGUCAUGUAGUCGAUGAAAUACCGUAUCUCAAUAUACUUCUAGGACAGUAUCCAGACGUUUUCGCAAUGACAGAUAGAGAGGCUAUUACCAAUGGCUUUGGCUUCAUGUUCCAGAAAGGUUCGGGGUUGGCUCCUAAAGUGUCACGAGAAAUAGCGAAGCUAAGGACAUCGGGAACGUUGAAAGACAUGGAGAAAAGAUGGUUCCAAAAAAUGGAUUCAUUCUAUGUAAAUUCCAACGACAAUGAUGAUGACGACGACGGAUCUAACCGCUUCACCUUCGGUGAGUUGGGCGGUUUGUUCAUCAUUGCGGGAGCUGCUCAUGCUCUUGUGCUAGUCAUGCAUCUCUUUCAGACACGUCGUGAGAUUUACCGUGUUUUGUACGAAUCUCGACUGCUAACUAAGCUGAAAAGCUCUGCCAGUCUCUGGAGAUGCUAAAAAAAUUCAUCAUAUAUCUUUUCCACUUUAAAAAAUCAUAUAACCACAAUACUAGACUAUUAUUUUUUUUUGUCAUACUAACACAUUUUUGGGAAAUGUUAAAUUUUAUAUAAUAAAACAGUCAGAUCAAUACAACAAAACAACAAAAGAAAAUGCCAUGCAUAUAUGCUUCACAUAAUUAAGAAGGAAACAUAGAAAUUGAACGUUCCAGUAUCUUAUAUUUUAUUAUUUUCAUUGAAAAAAUGGUUUUACUCCAGAGGAUCAAACGACCAGCAUUGCUCCAUCAACUUUCUCCACUCUGCUUCACACCGUUCCGGUACCUGAGGUCUCAACGUUAUUGUUCACAAAAGGAAAAUACGACCGUUGAAAUUGUAAGGUAAUUUUUUUACAGUUGUGAUCAAUUUUUCUUCCUUUCUUAUUUGACAAAAGGAAAUACACUUGUCAUAUAAAUUUUAUAAAAAAUGGAUUUUCUUACCAUUUAUAACAGAUUUUGGAAAUUUUGGUUAAGUUUGCCCCCAUCAAAUCUUAAAUAUAGGGUUGAAUGUUAUUCUUCUUUGACAUUUGAAAAUGUUGCCCCUCUCGAUAAAAUUUUCUAGAUCCGCCACUGGUCGCAUGCAUGAUAGAUUAUUACCAAGUCCCGAAAAAAAUAUGACCGUGUAACGGUAAGAAAACUUAAUGUCCUUUUGCAGCAUUAACUGAAGGAAAAUAAUACAACGGACAGAAUCCAUUUCCCUAUUUUCUUUAACACUUUUCCUAUAAAUACCCUCACUCUUACUUCACUUGAAACAUCAAAAUUUCCCCCUCUUUAAUUUCUUUAUAAGAAUUGUUGUUUCUUCUCGAUCGUCCAAAGCUGUUUUUUU